AUGGCUCUCUGCCUGGCAGCUGGACUCCUGCUGGUUUUCCUUGUGACGACAAUAUGGAGCUCAAUUCAAGGCGACCUGCAGGUGGCAGGAAAUCCGGCAGUUCUUGCUAGCGUUCGCGACGUUGGGUUUGAAGACGAAUCUCAUUACUCAGAUGCAUCAGGAGACGUCAGUCAACAGGCUGAAGUAGCAGGCCUGCCAAGCAUAACUGUAACUCUCAAACAUUCACAUGUAGGUGUUUAUGUAAUGGAAGAACCGAUGGCCGAAGUCAACUCCACCAGUGAUAACAUGAAUUCAAGCUAUGCAAUAUUUGCGAGGCAUACCCACUUUGCGGCUAUACUUGGGUCUCAAACUCAAGUUUAG